UGCAGAUACUGUAGAAGUGCCCACUCUGAAUUUAUGAAAGAGUGUGAGCCACCCUCUGUGUUGGCUACCUUAACUGAGGGAUCCCAAAUUUCUGCUACGCAAGAGGGGGAUUUUGUGGGUCACACUCCAGCGAGAUCAACAGAGCACGUUGCAACAGAGUCAACUGAGCCAGAAGAAGAUGAAUUUGUGUUACCACGUUUGCGAGUGCGAUUUCAACAUGAGAUUUUGAGCGAGGUAGGAUUGAUGUGCCUCUUAAACAUGUUUGAAUUAAUAAAUUUUAAAACUCCAAAAAAGAACUCAUAAUAUAUUUAAUAAUGAGGUUAUCAUAUUUUGUUCUACUUAAUUUUUUACCUAAUUCGACUGCGUGGUUCAUGUAAAAGAGUAAUUAUAACCGCGUCGUUCCACUCACUCGCGGUUGCAUAUUUUGUGGAUAUUGUAGUAAAUUAUUACGGCAAUGGUGGGCGACGAAAGGGGUAACAUUAUUUCCUGUUCCCUACCCUGUGCUCGUUCUCGUCACCCCCCAAACUCGUACUUCAUGCUUGUCUCCUAGCAGCCUGCAGUUAAUGUCCGCGCUCCGCAUAACUGUACUUAGCCUUGUAAAGCCUAUGGAAGAGGCAGAAGCAACUCAGACACCGAAUGACAUGUAUUUCUAAUUACUUAGGCGCACAUUCGAUGCAUAGGUUCCUACCUCACUAAGAAAAACUGUUCGUUUUAUUAUAGCAAAGCGAUCCGAAUUCAGAGAUCUUCUCAUCGUCCUCCCAAGGCUCCUUGGUAGAGGAAGAGACGUCUAGAGAGUGGCAACCAACACCCCAAGUUGAGCAUCAGUUGCAGCACCUCAACAGUUAUCUCCUUAAGUCAACUGAUGGCCGAAUCAGUCCAGUCAGGUCGCAAUGCAGGUCUGAUGUUGUGACUAUGUCGUCAUCGACGCGGCGCUAUUAUGGGAAAAAGGCAGAGCAAGUUGUUGAUUCCGUGUUAGAGGCUAUUGCACCGGGUAAUUCAUCAUGGCUGCUUCAACAGGUGAUUGCAAGGAACGAAAGCGGGCGUACUGUAUCUGGUGCUGCCGAGGACGACAGCCUGGUCUCUAGACUAGUAACGCUGUAUAAUGAAGCUAGAUCCUGGAACACCCAGCAACAGAUUCUCUCCCUCUUUGCUGGUGAUUACAGUAAGACAGAACUGCUGCAGCUUGUGCCAGGACUGACAAAGUUUAGGAUUGAUGAGGCCAGAAAACAUGCUUUUCAGACCAAGCCUGGAGAGCCUAUAGAGCCGCCAACCAUUACCAGAACAAGGCUGGAUCCCACUAAAGUCGACCAUUUCGUAGAUUUUGUAUCCAGUCCUUCAUUUCUUCAAGACGUUGCAUAUGGAACGAAAACUCUAAAGCUGUCAAGCGGAGAGAAAAUUGACAUACCUAACGUGGUGAGAACAGUCAUUUCGUCCCGUCUCAUCCAGCUGUAUCAAGCCUAUUGUACAGAAUCCGGCUUCACACCCCUUGGAAGAUCAACACUUUUCAAUAUCCUUAAGGUAUAGAUGGAUAUAAGGCCAUGUGUUAGACGACAAUUUUGGUUUUAAUAGACGCAAGUUAUUCCGUACUGUCUUAAGCUUAGUGUGUGGGAAAGUGUGUGUGUAUGUGUGAGUGGAGAAGGCCAGUACAAGCUGCAGAUUUUGCUUGGUAUGACAAGAGGAUUUUUACCCUCUUGUUCAAGCAGUACAUUAUUGACUACAAUAUACUUUUAUACUUCAGGUGUGCGCUGCUUCUCAGAAGAAGUCCUUGGCGGGUUUGGACAGCAUGCAAACGGACGGUGUAACUGCAAUUUCAUCUCUUGAAGUAGUAACUAGCAUACUACAGAAAAACGGUAAGACGGAAAAUUAGGUGAAGUCUAGCCUUUUGCCUUAUUUCCUUGAAUAUGGGACGCAAUGUGUUGGUGUUUUUGUGUUUGGUGGGUGGGCGCACUCAUUUGAAGUGAGCUUUUUUGAGAGGGGCGUAUGAGAAAGUUCAGAGGAAAGGGAAACAAAAACAAAAAUGAGUAAGUUGUCAAUUGCAGGAACCCUUUUUAUGUUUUAAGGUUAAUUUUCUAAUAUAUACUUUUCUUCCAAACCACUGAGCAUUUCUUUCCUGAGUGCACCUGUGAAAUAGUUACAGCCUGGAAAACUGGGCUAACAAAAAGAAAGGUCAAUAAACGAGCUGCAUUUCCUAAUCGAGUUUCCCUUUUGUACAUGCUGCUAUCUUUGGUACGUCAAGGGUUUUAGCUAAUGGAAUUGUAUCCAUGUAGGUUUUCAAGAUGAAGAGGCAAAGGGAAUUUUGUCCCGUCUCAAAGCUGGAAAAAGAUAUGUGUCAACAGACUACAAGCUGCACAUCACUACUGAGACUCCCUGUGCAGACCACUGCAGCAUGUAUGCACUUAGCAGCAAUGAAGCUCCCUUUUCUUAAUUUUCUCAAGCAACGAUGAAAAGCUGGAGGAACUUCAGCAUGAUCUUGAGGCGGCAAUCCCAAAACUUGAGAUGUGGAAGUCACAUGUCAUAAGAUCUGUACAUCAAGAUGCAGCCAAGACUGCCGUUGUUGAUGCCCUUACCGAAACUGAAGUAUUGCUGAUCAUGGACUGGGCCAUGAAGUUUUUACCAACAAGCUACCGAGAGACUCAGCGUGAUUGGUUUGGGAAAAAGGCACUACCUUGGCACAUAACCGUUGCCAUUACCAAGGACGAAACGAAGAAAUUGAGAUACCAUUUAUGUAAAUGUUACAAUCGAGUUAAAACUAUACUUUAUUUUCCUUAAAAGAUAUAUCGGAAAUAAGACCAGAUGCUAAAAAACAUUUAUCUGUCUUUCUGAGGUAUAAUAGCUGAUUAAAACAAUCAAAACGUUUGUAAAAGAAGACAUUGUUUUGUAUUGUAAAAGACCCAUCUUCGGUUCCGGCCACAGCUGUAGGACGUAGUAAUUACGAUGUGGAAUAGUAAUUUCAUUGCGAACCCUCAGUUUUUAUCCACGCAAUUUAAUGCAAUUUCUUUACAAAGAUAACUGCUGCUAUACAAGCCCCAGUGUUACUGAAUGUCUGAAGUUAAUAUUUUGUUUGUUUGAGAUCAAUCGAUUUUCUUUUACUCUUUAGACGCGCACCUACGUCCAUCUGUUUGAUGAGAGCAUUCAGAACUGGUUUGCAGUGGCCUCCAUUAUAGAAAAUACGUUAGAAACACUGAAAGCACUGAAGCCAAACCUCAACCAGGUAUAUCUUAGGCCCGACAAUGCCGGCUGUUACCACUGUGCCUACCUUCUUCUGUCGCUCCCCAGUAUUGGUGAUCGUACCGGAGUCACGAUUGCACGAUACGACUUCAGUGAGCCGCAGGCUGGUAAAGAUAUCUGCGAUCGUCGCACUGCUGCAAUUAAAAGCCACAUUCGACGCUUUCUUAAUGAAGGAAAUGAUGUCAAGUCGGCCAAUGACAUGAAAACCGCCAUUGAGUCUUAUGGAGGCAUCAAGGGCUGCUAUGCGGCUGUGUGUCUACUUCAACCAUCUGCGCAGACGAUGAGCAAGCAUAAUAUGGCUGGGAUACAGUCGCUACAUAACUUCCCUUACGAGAAUGGAGGCAUAAGGGUGUGGCGAGCCUAUAACGUGGGUCCUGGAAAGUUUUAUAGUGCAGCUCAGCUUGCACGGUUUGGUACUCCCCAAGGUCCUACAAAGCUCGUCAUAAUUCAUCCUUUUGGCAGACCACAUGUAGAGGUGGGUACCUAUCGCCAGCAACACGCUAUGCCUGCAAGAUCUUCGUCUUUGCCUGGGUCACAUCAAGAACCUCCUGAAUCUGCACAGGCAGACCAGGUAGGAGAGAAGGUUAUGUUUCAUUGUCAAGAGGAAGGGUGUAUCAAGACCUUCCAGUCAUUUGCCUCGCUCCAAAGGCACCUGGACGUUGGUACGCACAUGGUGAGACUGGUAAAGGAGUCCACCUAUGACGAGAUCAGGCGAAAAUGGGCGGAGGCAUGCCACUCCCUGGGUGGUGGCUAUAUUCGGGGAGAUUCAGCUACUUUCGACUCCAGUGACCAAGCAACGCCUGGCGAAGUCUUGGAGCUAGGAUGGGCUCUUCAGAAAAAUCGAAAACCGGUAGCCUUUUCCGAGAAAGCGAAGAGCUAUCUGGUAGACGUGUUUUGGGCCGGGGAGGAAAUAGGAAAGAACGCCUCCUUUGUCGCCUCCAGAAUAAAGUCUUUGAGA